GCCGGGGAAGGGAGGGGAGAAGGGCACGGCCAGGGCACCGAGCCUCUCUGCCGCCUCCCCUGCCCGCCGCGGAAGGAGGAUCCCGGGCAGGGGAGGGGACGCGCCCCGGCGGGGGCGGGAGGGUCCGCCCAGGCAGCCGAAGCCCGGGCGGCCGCCCGCUCCUCGCCGCUCCGGCCAUGGGAGCCGGACUGCUGCCCCCUGCCCCGCUGCCCCCGGCCACGGGGCCGCCCCGCUGAGCGCCUCCGCGAGAAGGGGCGGCCCCGCCGCCGCCGCCCGCCCUGGGGAAGGAGCCGGCGCCGCCCGGGCGGUCUCCAUCACCCGCGCUCUCGGCCGGCGGGGGCCCCGCGCUGCCGCUUCGCCCCACGGGACCUGGGCCGGAGCCCCUGGUUGUCCCUCUGCGCGCCGGUGGCGGCGGGAGGGCGAGGAUGUCGGGCAGCACGGCGAGGAAGGUGCAGCCCUUCACCAUCAGCACCAAGCUCUCGCUGCCCAAGUGUGCCGCCGACUUCUCCGGUAACGCCUGCCCCGGUAUCGCUCUCGCCUCUGCUCUGGACAGCCACCGCGGCCUCCGCCGCACCCUCAACGAGCGUAUCUCCCUCUACCUGGCUCAAGCCCGGGCCAACCCCGCCGCCCCCGAGGGCCAGCCCCGCAGCCCCAGCGACGAUGGAGGGACCGACGAGGAGCAGCUCAACCGCAACUCUCUCGCCCGCUCCAUUAAGAAGAUCACGUUGUCCAACUGGCAUGGGGAGGCUGGCGUGGGGGACGCAAGGGGACCUGGGGACCUUGCCGAAACCGGCGAUCAGAGGAACCACAACAACAAUAACAGCAGGCCAGGGAAAACUCAGUUCAAGGUCUUCCUCAGAAAGGAUGUGGAUGUGGAGAAUGAGCAGCAGGAGGCUGGGAGCCCCCGGGCCAGUAGUUUCUGCUCUGCGGUGGAGAGAGGUUCCCCUGUCUAUGUGCUGGCAGGACCCCUGGCAUCAUCGCCGCGGAAAGAGAGCCCCAAAAGCAAGGAGCCCAUGGCAGCACCAAGAUGCAGCAGGCGAAGCGGCGCGGGAGCAGCCCCUUUCCUCGACCUGAGCCCUCUGGUAGCCCAGUUCAACCGGGAGAUGCUGCAGGCAGAGGGCUGGGUGCGAGGCAAGCUGCGGGACCUGAAGGACGGCUGCAGCCUGCAGGACUGGGAGGAGGUGGGUCAGACCUUGCAGCGGGACAUGAAGGACUUUGAAAACACACUGAUAAAGCUCAACCAGAUGGGUGAGCAGCUGAUGUGGCGGGCGAACCCCAGUGCUGAGACGGUGCAGAGGCAGCUGCUGGCCCUGCGGGACCAGUGGCAGCUCCUGAAGCAGACGGCCACCAGCCAGAGCAAAGCUCUAGGGGGUCUGCGGAGCCUGCAGGACUUCAACAAAAAGGCUGAACAGCUGGAGGCGUGGAUCAGACACCAGGAGAAGAAGCCCUCUCUGGCAGCCCUCCUGCAGGAGAGCCUGGACAAGAUCCAGCUUACUCGCCGCAUCCUUGACUUGAAGCAGGAGGAGCAGCAGUUCCAGAGUCUGCACAAGGAGCUGAACAGCUUGGCCCAGAAGCUGGAGAAACAAGGCAAAAGUGAGAGCCGGAGCAUUUCAGCCCGGCGCAAGCACCUCAACAAAAUGUGGUUGCGGCUGCAGGGGACCCUGAAGGAGCACCAUGAGGCUCUGCAGCUGGCCCUGGAGGUGGCUGCCUUCCUCCAGCAAGCAGAUACCCUACUCAGUGCCAUCCAUGCCAAGCAGAGGAGUGUCUGUGGUGUAGGGAAGCCAGGGGAGGGUGAGCCAUGCCGGGAUCGGGAUGUCAGAGACAUAGCCAGCCAGGUGAUGAUGCUGGAUGUGACCGUGUCCCAGCUCCUCAGUCUGCAGCCCAGCCUGGCAGCCCGAGUCACCCCCAAGCACCGAGAUGUCAAGGAGAGUUGGGUGCAGCUCCAGCAGGUGCUGAGGUCAGAGAAGGCUCCAGCACUGGUGAGCAGUUCUCCAGGAGGCAAAGCGGUGGCUCUGAGUGUGGAGCCACAAGGAGACAACAGUGGUUGUGAAGCUGUGGGGAAGGAAUUAAAAGACAAAUGGACAAGAGACCUCAGAAACACAGUCUUGAAGGAUGUGCCAGAGAAGAUGGUGGAGCACAGGACAAGGGAGAAGAGCAGCCUUGGCUCCACAGCAUCAGUCCACACCCCUCACAGUGGGGACAGCAAAAGGCAAAAGAGAGAGAAAGAAGCUGAAUGGAGGAUGCAGCAGCCAGAGGCCCAGCUGACUGUGCCCCUGCACAAGGACAGCACGGGCCCCAGAGUACUUCCGUGUCCAGUGGGGGAUGUGGAGAGCCUGGAGGCAGCACAGACACAGCAGGAGCCCCUGGAUCCCAGCUCCAGUGCCAGGGCUGUGCUCUUGGAGGGACCAGCGCCGGGGGGGGGCCCAGGGAACCCACAGGUGGAGGCCAUGCUGCGGGAGCUGGGGGAGCUGUGGGAGGACCUGCAGAGGAAGCACCAGGAGAACGGCGCCGUGCUGCGGGAAAUCGAUAAGGCACUGAGGCUGGUGGGGGAGCUGGAUAAGGCUGAGCGGUGGCUGCAGGCCGUGGCUGGAUCGCUUUCAGAGCCAGCCACCAUGAGGAGCCCAGCGGAGCUGCGCAGGGACCUGGAAGAGACAGGCCAGCUGGAGAAGCAGCUCCUGCUCUGCGGCCUUAGACUCCAGGCACUGCGGGAGGAGGUGGUGGGUGAGCCACCCACUGAGCCGGAGGCAGCAAGGAAGAUGCAGAGGAAGGUGGAGAUGGUGGAGGAUAAGUUGGCACACGUGCAGACAGCCCUGCGGCGCCGAGCAGCAGACCUGCGUGACUCCCUGGUGCUGUCUGAGUUCCUGCAGGAUCUGCAAGAGGAGGAAGCACGGACCUGGCAGGGACCUGCAGCGCCAGGGAGUGGCCAUCGCAGCUUGCAGGGGUCUUUUCCCCUGCUUUCAGCCCAGGCUGGACAGCUGCCAAGCAGCAAGGACAUAAGCCACCCUUUGGGAGAGCUGCAGGAGGCCGUGGAGAUGCUCAACGAUGCAGCAAAGGAACGAGAGCGGGUCAUGGAGGUCGCAGCAGAGACAGAGAGUCUGGAGCACCUGGUAGCAGAGGUGACCCCACUCCUGGAGGUUCUUCGAUGCAGAGCUGAGGCACUGGCUCAUGACACUGCCCAAGCAGAGAGAGGCUUCACUGUGGUGAAGAGCGAAAAGGAUCUUCAGGAGCUGCAGGGCUUGCUGAGUCAGCAGCAGGAGAUGGAGCGUAUGGUGUCAGAAACCCUGCAGGGGCAGCUGGAGGAUCUGGAAAGGGGAGCUGCCCGCUUGCAGGAGCUCUGCCCCACUCAGCGGUGCCCUGUCAGCCAGAAAGUGCAGGAGACACUGCAGGCCUGGGCAGGGCUGCAGGAGCUGCUGCAGGAGACCCAGGCCCGAGUGCAGCAGGCCAGCCGGCUACGGCACUUCUUCAAGGAUUACUUAGCCAUGAUCUCCUGGACGGAGGACACAAGGGCUCAGAUCUUCUCUGAAAACCCAAGCAGUCAUGGCCUCCCAGAGACUCCGUGUGAGGAGCUGGAGAGGAGGAUUGAAGGGAAACUCAAAGAGUUUGAGAUGCUGGCAGCAUCGGGACAGCAGCUGGUGUCUGAGGAGCACUACCUGAGCGCAACAAUCAAGGAGCGCUUGGAAGAGCUGCAGAGCAUGUUGGGCUGGGUGCUGGUGCGCUGGCGAGCACAAAGGUACCAGCGGGACCCAGGGAGCAAGCAGGACGACAGAAGGAACACAGAGAGCCCCUCGGGUGCAUCCCCUACCAGCCAAGUAAGUACCCAGACACGUUAA